UCCACCAAGAGAUGCUCCAAAUAUGCCGUGCGGAGGACGGCCAGACAUUUCAGGUGCAGGCGGGUGUAAGAGAUAUUGAACGGCUAGGGAGUCUGGAACUCUUCUUGCAGCAAGAGACGGGCGUGGAACAGGAUGCGGUGCUUGCAUAUCUCACGGAUGGAACACGCCUGAUGAACGCGAAUAUACGUGAAUUAGCGGGCGCUAACGACCAGACGAUAUUCGUGUUCAACAAGUACUAUCUGGUAUACGAGCUGAAGGAGGUCCUACGCGGAUUGCAUGUCGAGCCGCCGCUGCAACCACCGAUCGAAGACACCAUCAUCGCUGCGACACCCCCCUUCCGUACCAGCCAGCUCGCAGAAAGCUACUUGCAAACCGGCCACGCGCACGUCGAGCAAGUUCGCGCCAUCGUUGCCUCAAUACAUACCCAGCACGACGCCACCCGAAUCGCGUCCUCCAACCUCGACCGCAACUUGUUGCAGAUCACGAAUGCGUUCGAGGGCGUGGCAGCGGUCGCUCGCCGCGAGCUCUCACGUCAGGCGGCGCUCUUGGACGGACUGCAAGCGGACCUCGACCUCAUUGCGCGCGUGCGGAUACACCUCGAGUUCGUGUCGACUGGGAUGCGCAAGGCGAUCACGGAGGGGGAGAAGCCGAGGACGUUGGGUGACUAUGUGUCGAACGUGAAGAUGCGCCAGGUUGCGGACACGUGCGCGCGUACGCACAACGAGCUGCAGGAGAAGUUCGCAGGUGUGGAGAGUGACAUCGCAGAACUGCGGGCAGGCGCGGACGCAGUUCGAGCGUUGGCUAAUGAGACCGAGGUCUCCACCGAGGCGGAAGCUUGUUUCCAGCGCGCAAAGGAACUGUACGAGAAGAUCACCGAUUGUGCUGGGUCGCUCGAGCGUCCUGGGACGGACUCCGAUGGCAUACUGCAAGAGCACAAGCAACUUGACUUCGCCAUGCGGCACGAAGUGGAGACAAUUGCUGACCUCAAGAACAAAUCUACCGCUCACUGCAUCGACGCUCUUCGACGGAUAGGCGCCGUGAACAAUGACCUCGUCAAAACCCCACAGAAGCUUAGCGAGCUGCAAACCAGUUUACGCGCCAAGAACAGCUUUUCGCACAUUCAGCGAUUGCAUAGCAUGCUUUAUGCCUAUGGUGCCACGGUCAUUGAAAUCGUUCGCAGGAAAGAGUUUGCUCGUUUCUUCUAUCAGCGCGCGCAGAGCAUAUUAGAGGUCAUGGCCAAGCUCUCCUCGAGCGAGCGCAAGCGUCGACAAGCGUACCGCAGCGAGGUCCAUGGACAAUUGCCCUUUUCACUCAAGGGAAUGGACGACCCGGUACCUAGUAUCGACUUCUCACCUUCAGGAAGCACGGAAUCGGUAUACUCACUCGAGCGAGAAGACGUUGAAGGUCUAUUCGCCGUCUUGGAGGACCUUGAGCACUAUUCGCGCAACAGCAACGAUGGCAAGGCUCUCGAAGCCGUUCAGCAGUGCCGAGCUGACCUUGAUAAGCUCGUGGCGAAGAUGGAUGGACUGGAGUCUGGGUUCGACCGGAUUGCGGAGCGGUCUCUGCUUUCGGCAUCCAGAUUAUCGUUGUCCAGAAAGCAAUCUGCCACCGUCGACGAGCACGCGUAUCAAGAGCUUGCAGAACAGCUUCGCUUGCAACAAGAGGCACAAGCACAAAGGGACGAAGAGCAUCGCCAGGAACGCGAGCGCCUACAAGCCGAGCUACAACAGACCAAACGUGAUCUUCGCGAUGCAGAGGAGUCAUACGCCAGCGAGCGCGAACGCGCUGACGAGCUCGAGCGGCAGCUCUUCCAAGCUCGCGCGGAGGCCGACAGCGAAAUUGCUGCAAGGCAGAUGCUGGAGCAGCGGAAUGCCGAGCUGAGGGCGGAUGCGGAGAAGCAUGCUGAAGAGCUGUCUCGCGCGUUAGGCGAAGCAACAGCCCAAAGCAGAGCCGCUGAAGCUCUCAAGCAGGAGCUUGCGCAUGCGAACGCUGCGUACGCCGAGAUGCGUGCCCUCGAGGCACGGACCUCGGAGCGGCUGGCGCAGGUCACGGAUGAGCAGUCGACGAUGCUGGCGAACCUCGAGGCGUCGCGCGAGCGCGGGGAGGACCUGGAGGCGCAGAUUCGCGAGGCGCGUAUGGAGAAUGGCGACAUCCAUCGUGCGCUUGAGGACGCCCAGCGGGAGAAAGACCGCUUGCUGCGCUCGCAGGCUAGUGAGCAUGACCGGUUCAUCAAGGACCAGCGCGCAGAGGCGGACGGCGAUCGUGCGGUGUGGGAGCGCGAGCUGCACGAGCUACAGAAUAGCUAUCGCCAGUUGGACCGCCAUGUGAAGGACCUGCAGUCUGCGCUGGAUGUCUCGAGAUCGGACGCGACGGAACUGCGCGCAACGCUGCAGCGUACGGAGAAGGCUCUGAGGUUGACAGAGCACGAGCUGCGGCAGACCAAGAUCAGCGAGGCGACUCUGCGUGAUACUUUGCAGUCCGGCAAGUCGUCGCAGCAUGGCGUCGAGCAGGAGCUAGAGGAAAAGGCGCGGCUAGUGGCCCAGUUGCUGGAUGUCGCACUUGCCUUCCGCUCGGCGCACUUGAAGGCCCUUGCUGCGGCGCAGAAGAUGACGGCGCACCCGCAUUCGUCCAAGGGCGCUGAUGGGCUUGCCGAGUCCGCAUUCUCGCCGCCCCUGCGCCACAGCAUAAUUGGCCAGCCAGAGGAGCCCUCACCCAUCGAUCCAUCUGAUCCCGCUGCCGCUCUGGAGGUUCUUCGGGCGUUCGACCACGACCAUUUCCUGGAGGCCAUUCAGAAGAUGGGGUCGACCAUCCGAAAAUGGCAAAAGCAGUGUAAGGAGUACCGAGAAAGGGCGAAAGGCAAGAUCUCGUUCAGGAACUUCGCGAAGAACGAUCUCGCGCUGUUCCUUCCGACGAGGAACUCCGUGUCGAAGCCGUGGGCUGCUUUCAAUGUUUCGUUCCCGCACUACUUCCUGCAUGCCACGGGACAGCUCGCGCAACAGCUGCAGUCUCGGGAAUGGAUUGUCGCCCGAAUCACGUCCAUAACAGAGAGGGUCGUGGACCAUGCCGAUCCGACAAGCAACCCCUACGGCUUGGGGGACGGUGUGAAGUACUACAUGCUCGAGGUCGAGGACUGGACACAGCAGACCAAGCGUCGCGUCUCAGCCAAAAAUCCCUUGGCAAAGAGCAAGCCGCAGGAAAUCCAGAGCGUGUCGGACGGGGCGGUCCUUCCUUCAGGCCCCCCAGAGCCAGAAGUCGAAGAUACGUUUUGUGUGACGCAAUCUCCGAACUCGCAAUUAUUCCCAACGCGCCAGCGGACGAACUCGAACCCGACAAGCCGUCCGUCUUCAUUAUCCCGACUACUCGCCCAGGCCUCGGAGACGCCUGUGGUAGCAUCUCCGGAGGCGCAGACGCCUAUCAUUGGCUCGCCACCACAGCCAAUUGAGGACAAUGCCAUGAUGGCGAGAAGCGUGUCUCCGGCAAGAAGCCCCUCACCCGCGAGAACGGCGUCUAUAGCAAGAAGUCCUUCUCCAGCCAAACCUCCAUCUCCGACCAAGGCGAACUCAUCACCGAUAAAGUCGCCACCACCAUCGUCGCCCUCUGCGCAUAUUGGCUCGCUGCCGAAGCAUAUGUCCUCGCAGGCUUCCCCCAUGCGACCGGGCUCUCGCGCAUCGCGGUUGUCAAGUGCCUCUAAGUUCUCUAAUCCCCGCCUUCCUACUUUCGGCUCGCCAUCGUCGGGCGCUAGCGUCUCCAAGGCGGCGCCGACGACUGCCCUUACGGAAAGUGCGCCCGUCGCCUCAUCUCCUUCCCCCAGCCAAUCCACUCCUUCACCAGACGAGGGUGACUUCGAGGGCAUAUCGAAUGUCGUUGCACAGCAGCGGCGGCGGACGAUGUCGUACCAUGCGCCCCGAAACUCGCCUCUCUCCAUCAGCACUUCGUCCGAAGCCACGAGCACCAGUACGGCGACCGCAGCGCGAGCGUCGCGGCCAACUGUUUCCGCCAGGGGGACGCUCCUCAACCUCGCUGAUAGUUGGGGCAUGUCCUGGGGCCGCAAGAAGAAGGUCGAGGAGCCGCCGAGGGCGCCACCACCAAUUCAGGAGGUUGCGUCGUCCUCGAGCUCGAGUUCCGUUGACCAGCCCAAGGCAGCGGACCUUCUGAAAAAGCUCUAGGCUAUCUCUUGUGCUCGGUGAGAUCUAUCCAUAGUUAUUCGCUCAUUAUCUGCUCUGUAUUCUGCAUGGAUCUUUUUCUUGGAUUUCUCUGUCAUACUAUAUCAUUGCAGUCAAUGACAUCUAAUGCCACAUCGUCGUAUUGCCCACCGCAG